CGACACUCUUGCGUUUGACGGUCCGUCGUUCUUUGACCGCGAGCGCGUGGUACAGAGUGGACGAUGUCGACAUAUCGCGAUAUGACGAUUUGCGGCACGUCUCUUCUUUUUUUGUUGACCUCCAUCGGCAAUUUUGCGGACGCCACGACUGCUCUGGCCUCCGGCUCAUCUUCUCACAAUUAUUUGCUCGAAGCAGAACCAGAAUUUGCAGAAUCCAUUCAAAACGUAACAAUUGCAAUCGGUAGAGAUGCUCAACUUAGCUGCACUGUGGAAAAUUUAGGCACGUACAGAGCUGCUUGGAUCAAAGUGGAGACGAAAGCCAUACUGACAAUCCAUCACCACAUCAUAACCCGCAAUUAUCGCAUCAGUUUGAGCCACAGCGAUAAUCGCCAAUUCAUCCUUCAGAUUCGAAAUGUUCAAGAAUCUGACAAGGGUGGUUACAUGUGCCAAGUCAACACAGUGCCCAUGAAGAGUCAGGUUGGAUAUUUAGAUGUCUUAGUUCCUCCAGAUAUACUGGAUCAGGGGAGCAGUAGUGACGUGGUAGUUCGGGAAGGUGCCAAUGUGACGCUCACAUGUAAGGCAGUUGGAUAUCCUGCUCCCAACAUCACGUGGAGACGGGAAGACAAUGAGCCAAUACCUCUAGGAGCAUGGCAGGGGAAAAAAGUUACAGAUCCCAAUGCUGUGACAUAUGAAGGUGAAGUGCUAAGUAUAACGCGAGUGAGUCGACUGCAUACUGGAGCCUAUUUGUGUAUAGCAGCCAAUGGUGUCCCACCCUCCGUCAGUAGAAGGAUUAUUCUUCAUGUUCACUUUCCACCGGUGCUCUGGAUUCCGAAUCAAUUAGUUGGAGUGGUGAUGGGACGAGAUGUGACCUUAGACUGUCAUACAGAAGCUUAUCCCACAUCUAUUAACUACUGGGGAAGGAAACAGAAUGAAAUGCUGAUCUCCAAUGAAAAACUUCAAAUAGUGAGCAAAGAAAAGACGUACAAAUCUCAUAUACGACUCACAAUCAAAAACAUUCAACCACAGGAUUACGGCAUCUACAUGUGUUUCUCGAAGAACUCACUCGGCUCAACGGAAGGUUCAGUCAAAGUCUACGAAAUACAACCUCCAACAAGUCAACCAACUAAAGAUACUUCUUCAGUUAGGCGCCAAAGUUCGGAAGCAUUUCCGCAACAUCAACAUCUCGGCUCCGAGAAGGACUCAACCGAAAAUUCAGCUGCCAACAAAAGGAAGCGGCCGGUUUUGACAGACGGGGCUUACAGAACCAAAGAACAUAUCAAUACUGUAGAAGAUUCGAAAGGACUCCAAAAAGAAAAUGACCCACCCCAACUGAGGAAGGAGGCAAAAGAAGAGACAAGUGGCCAACCUAGCACUUAUUUCACUUGGAUACUUUUGUUCCUAGCUAUCACCUUCUACGAUAUGGCAACGUAACGAGCAUAAAUUACGAGAAAGACAAUCAAUUGUUCGAAAUGGAAUUAGACGAAUUAAAGAGCGAACAAGCAUUGUUGGAAGCUUCUGUUCAGAACACCAUUUAUGAACUUGACAUACUUAUAGUUGUUGAACACUCUCCUGUUAUAGGAAACCGAUCUGGAACUGUUUCGUUCAUUCUAGUCAUCAUUGUUGUGUAUAUAUUCAUGUAAAUUAUCAAUUGUACAUUCUUCUAAUUUGUUCCGUAAAUAAAAUAUAUGUAAAUUUUUUAUUAA